AUGGCCUCGCUGACACGUGCCGUUACCCGUCUGGCCGCUACCGGUCGCCAAGCCAUCCGCUCCAUCGCCACCACCACUCCAGUCUCCGGACACGGUGACGACGUCAUGGAGAAGUGGCCAGCUGAUAAGUUCGAUAACCAUUUCAUCAACUACCUCAGCCGCCCAGAAAUCGAUGGAUGGGAGGUCCGAAAGGCUCUCACCGAAUUGCACGACUACGACGUCAUCCCAGACCCAAAGGUCGUAGAAGCUGGACUCCGUGCCUGCCGUCGUGUCAAUGACUUCGCUCUCGCCGUCCGAUUCCUUGAGGCCAUCAAGAUCAAGUGCGGAAACCAAAAGAACCGUGACACCAUCUACGGAUACAUCGUUAAACAGAUCGAACCAGUGCUCAAGGAGCUCGGAAUUGACACGCCUGAACAACUGGGAUACGGAGAGCCAGAGUUCUUCGUGCCACAACCGGAAUAUUGGUGGGAGAAGAAGUGGUACAAGGAUUACGGAUACGACAAACAACCAAACUUCCAAUACUAA